CAGGAGCUGGGGUCUGCCCUCCCCUCCCCCGGGUCAUCUCUGACCGAGACUCCUCGUUCUCAGGUGCGGUGCCGGCUGACGGGCCACGAGCUGCCGUGCCGGCUGUCGGAGCUGCAGGCUUACACUGACGGCAGGAAGUACCGACGGCUGAUAAAGACAUCCAGAGAGUUUGAUUAUGGCACCUUCGAGCCCCAUAUUGUGCCCAGCACAAAGAACCUACAUCAGCUGUUCUGCAAACUCACUCUCAGACACAUCAACAAGCUCCCAGAGCACGUCCUGCGUCACGUCCAAGGGAAACGCUAUCAGAAGGCACUGAAAACAUAUGAGAAGUGCCAGAAGGAAGGGGUGAAGUAUGUCCCUGCCUGCUUGCGGCAGAAGCAACAGCAGAGACAGCAUGCUGAUGACCAAAUGAAUGGGAGCAGGCAGCCUCACAGAACAGAAGAAUUCUGGGAGCCCAGCUCUCCCAAGACAGAUGAGGAUGAGGAUGGAGAGGAGACGGAUGACAGCAUGAGCGAUCUGUACCCAGCUGGACUCUUCCCAGAAAAAAGCCCAGCAGCUCCACAAAACACAGAGGCCAACGAUGGUUUUGCAACAGACAGCGAGGACGAUGGGGCCGAGCUGAGCGGGGAGAACGGUGACGUGAAUGGAGAUGGUGAAAGAAUGGAUGUCAGCAGAGCAGCUGGCAAGAGGGGAAAGAAACAGUCCGGCCCUUCAAAGAAAAAAUUCAAGAGCUGUCAUCAAAAACCCAAAAAGUUCAAGAAAACAACCAACGGUAAAUAAAUUUUUAUGGUAAAAAUGCAGCUUGAAGCGUCUUGUGUAACAAUUCCAGGUGGUGCACAAGACCAAAGUGUUCACCUGUAAGCCCUGCUGCCCAUCCCAGUUAACUGUUACAGCAGGGAGAAACAGCAAGGGGGAAUUAAACUGCACGUUAAAACUCCCUCUCCCUCCACUACUAACAAAACAAGAAUUACUACAGUAACAUAAAGGCAAAACCACUGCUUGGAACUCUUUAUAAAAAG